CAUAUUUGAACUAUGACGUCUUAUGCCAAAACGGAUAAUAAUAAUAUGGAAUUGGGUUUAAUGCCAUCACAAUUUUUGAACGUGGUAAUUAAUGAAUCGCAAACCAAUAAUUCUAAUAUUAAAAGAAAAAACGAAACUUUGGCAACAAUUCUAUCAAUGUCUAAGUCAGCAAAACGAGCAUUGGAAUCAGAAACUACAAUAAUUCCUAUUUAUACAAAUUACAAGUAAGAUAUUACUCUUGAUUAUUAAUUCUUAAAUUUUCAUUGAAAUUUAUUUAUUGUUUCAGAAAAACGAAGUUAGUAAAUGGAAAUUCUAGACAUACCGGGAGAAGUGCAAUAAACAAUUUUCCAAUUAAACUACCAGCUACUUUAUUAGAUGAGUGUACUGUAGAAAUUUCCAAUAUACCUAAUACAAAAUCACCGUGAGUAAAACAAUUUAUUGUUCAUAUACAUUACACAUUGUAGGUAUUUAAUUUACUUUGGAAUUUUUUUAUAGUAUUUUUAAAGUUAUUUUAUGUUAUUAUUUUUACUAACCAAUAUUUCAUAAAAACUAAAUUAAGUGGGUAUGUUCUUUUUGGUUAUAAGCCUAAAAUGUUAAAAUUAAAUAUUAAUAAGAUAAUGGUGAAUGUGUUCAAUUUUUAUUUUAAUUAGAGUCAAAGGUACAGUUAUACAUAAUAGGGCCAUUAUAAUAAUAGUUAUCAUAUUAUUUUUCCUAUCAAUAAAUUAUUUAUGUUCAUUUUAGUGUUCCUUUAAUAAUAUUUUUAUCUAUUUUUAUUAAUUUAACAUUUUAAAUUUUCUAUUAUUCAAUUAUUAAUUAAAUGUAUUAAAUUAUUUUAUUUGAAUGCACAUUUUAUUUUUCUUCAAACACAACAAGAUAAUUAUAUUAAUUUCUGUUAGUAUUAUCAUUGAUUAUAAAAUAAACUAUAGAAUCAAUGGUAUUACAAAACAAUUGGUAUUUAUCAUUUUAAAAUAAAAUGAAUACGUAGAACAAUAUUUUACCCAAAUAAGAAUGAUUAUUUUUGCAAAUUAAAAAAAAAAGCCUAUUUUCAAACAAUACUAAAAACUGUAAUUGAUGCAUCCAUCAAUAACUGCAAAUACAGGCAAAUUAUAUUAUGGUAUCAAGUUGAAAAAAGGAUUUCAAAUUAAAACUAAAAAUAUUAUCCUUAUUAAGAUUUUUAUUAAUGGCAUUACUUACCAUAACAUAUGAAUACAUUAUUUUUUGGUAAAUUUUAUUUUAUAAGCAAAUUAUUAUUAUUUUUAUUUUUUUUUUUUUUUUUGUUACACCAUAGUAUUUUUUAUAAUUAUUUAAUUUAUAAUUUAUAACCUUAAGUAUAGUUAAUAGAACUAUGAAUUUUUUUUUUUUUUCAGAAAUAACAACGAAAAAAGUUUAACUAUUACAAAGAGUAACAUAAUGAAUUAUGAAAACAAAAUUGCAGUGGAAAAACAGGUAAAAUAUUGUAUAAUACUAAGAAGUGAAGAUGUGCCUUUUCAACCCCUCGUUCAAAUAUUAAAUUAUUGUAGUUAAUGAAUAAUUGUAUAUUAUGAAUAUUUAUGAUAUCUUUGUUAAACCUUUAAAUAAAUAAAUUUGUAAAAAUUGUAAGAUAUUUUUUUAGGUGAACAAAAGGUGUAUACCAUUGUAAUAUUAGCAUUGUAAUUGCCUUGUAAAUUUUGUAUUUUAUUUUGUGAUUCAGUUAAAAGCUACAGAAAAAGAAAUGUCAGAAGUAGAUGUUCAAAAUAUGAUGACAAGUGUUGAAGCUGUUUAUUCAGACGAUGAAGACUUUCCGAAAACUGUAAAAGCUGAUUUAGACAUUCAAAAACCAGAAAAUCCUUUGCCGUUUUCAUGUGAAUAUUGUCCAAAUAAGUUCAGCAAUCGUGGUGCUCUCUGGCAACAUACUGUGUCUAUACACACUAUUGAAAAGACAUGUGAAUGUAAUCUAUGCGGACGCAAAUUUUACCGUAACUGUAGUCUUGCACUACAUAUGAAAAGUCAUUCGGACGAAUACAACUGUGCAUGUUCUAUUUGUGGCCGGGAAUUCAACAGAUUUACGUUAUUACAACGACAUGCCAAACUACACUCGGAGGUAGCACAGUUUAAGUGUACAGCUUGCAACAAAGCAUUCGAAGAUCUGAAUUCGUUACAGCUGCAUGCAGCUGAACAUAAAGACAAAUUGGCGUGCGAACAUUGUGAGGCUGUAUUCACUACAAAAGAAUCAUUGGAUAUACACUCAGAAGCAAUGCACAGUGACCACCAGGAAGAUAUUGUACUGCAGGAUUUAAAAUCGUAUGCAUGUCGUUUUUGUGGUAAAACUUAUGGGGCCAAAGCUAUUGUUAAGAAACAUGAACUCAUUCAUACUGGAGAACGACUGAAGUGUGACGAGUGUGGUAUUGAGUUUACACAAAAAUCAUCACUUAUGCGUCAUACAAAGCGUAUACACCCAACUGCUCAAAUGUAAAA